AUGCGGGUCAAAGGAGGAGUCCCCAGGGAGGUCAAGAACACGCAACGUGAAGCGCAAGCAAAAAGCAGCGACAACGGGGGAGCGCAAGAAGAUUCAGCAGACGGAAACGCUCUUCAGAAUAUCCAAGAAUAUUCAACUGACGAAACCGACGAGAUGGAAGAAGCUCUUAUGGAGUCCUCGUCCUUGCGUGACGCCGUAUCGGCAGACGGAGUGUUUGUUCACCUGGAGGCCUUGCAAGCCGUUUCCGACGCAAACGGCGACAGCCGAGCCUCCGGCACCUCUGCCUAUGACGCGUCUGUCGACUAUGUAGUUCGAACUCUGCAAGAGGCGGGGUAUGACCCUGAAGUUCAACUCGUGUCCUUCAUGCUACAUACUGUUCUUGGACCGUCGGAGCUGGCAGUAGAAGGAGGAACUAUCUUUCUUGAGGAUGAAUUGGUUGAGACAGGAUUUACGGUUGUUGGGAAUUCAGGCUCUGGUUCUUCCACAGCGGUAGGCCAGUCGGUGGAAGGAGGCUGCGACCAAUCCUACUUUUCGGAUUUUGUCGCUGGUAACAUUGCUCUUGUCAAUGACGGUCCCUGCGAGCGCACUGACGCGGUGUUCAAUGCACAAGAUGCAGGAGCCAGUGGUGUCAUCUUCUAUGAGCUCCCCGACUACGUAACGUUGGAACCCGAAGGAGUUGAUGUCCCCGUGAUGCACGUGUUCAUAGCGGACGUUGGCGAGCUUUCGGGUGAAACGUUCUCCAUGAUUGCCAACAAGACUAUUGUACCUGUUACCGAAGCCAACGUCAUUGUCGAUGCAGGCAACAUCGGCGGCGAACAGAUUGUAAUGGCCGGAGCCCACCUUGAUUCUGUGCCGGGUUCACCUGGAAUAAAUGACGAUGGCACUGGUUGUUCGGCGCUUCUCGAAAUCGCAAUUCAAAUGGCCAACUUGGGAGUCACAACAAAGCAAACGGUUCGCUUGGCUUGGUUUGCAGCAGAAGAGGUAGCCGUUAUCGGGUCCGCGGAUUACUUGACUGGCUUGCCCGACGAAGAGGUAGCACGCAUUGCGGCUUACUUGAAUUUUGAUAUGAUGGGAAGUCCGAACUAUAUCCGAGCGGUCGUUGCUGCCAACCUCAACAUCACCGGGGAAGACGCCAUUGCGCAGAUAUUUUAUGACUAUUUUGAUUCGCAGAAUCUUCCACAUGUAACCUUGACUAUGCCCUCAGACGCCGCAUCCGAUGCUAAUCCAUUCCAAGCUAUCGACAUCCCCACUGGUAGUAUCUUUACAGGACACGAAUUCCCGAAGACCGAAGCCUGGGCUGAGUUAUUUGGUGGUACUGUUGGCGAGCACUGCGAUCCAUGCUACCAUCAAGCGUGCGAUACAGUCGACAAAAUUAACAAGGAGAUUCUCGAGGAGAUGUCGGAUGCGGCAAGUCACGCUAUUUUGACUUUGGCAAACAUGGAAGACCCGCAAGCCACACUAGCUAGCUGA